CGACCCAGCAGCGGCGCCCGCGUGGUUAUGAGACUGGGCGGCUGCGGGUGGCUCCGGGGUCUCGUGCCGCCGAGUUUGAGCCUCCCGUGCCGCAGCCUUGCCAGGACGUGGGGUGGCCGCGGAGGCCGGAUGGCGGACAUGCUCUCCCCCGGGGCGGAGGCGGCGAGCGAGCGGAGGGCUCCGGCUCAGCUAAACGGAGACGCGGGCGGCGACGCGAGGGUCGAGCAACCCCUAGGGCGCCCGGAGCCGGCAGCCGCGGGAGUGGAGUUGGCCCCGGGGGUAGGGAAGCAGGUGGCGGGGAGCGAGGAGCAGGCCCCGGCUGCAGCGCCGGGCCCGGGCAAGCGCAAGAAGCGGCGGGGCGCGCCCGGGGAGCGCGUCGUGCCGCCCCCGAAGAAGCGGCGGGCAGGGGUGAGCUUCGGCGAUGAGCACUUUGCAGAGACCAGCUACUACUUCGAGGGCGGCCUGCGCAAAGUGCGGCCCUAUUACUUUGACUUCCGAACCUACUGCAAAGGCCGCUGGGUGGGCCGCAGCUUGCUGCACGUCUUCAGUACCGAGUUCCGAGCCCAGCCCUUGGCCUACUACGAGGCCGCGGUCCGAGCGGGGCGCCUGCGCCUCAACGAGGAGCCGGUCCAAGACCUCAGCAUCGUGCUCAAGGACAAUGACUUCUUGCGGAACACAGUGCACAGGCACGAGCCACCAGUCACGGCAGAGCCUAUCCGCCUGCUGGCUGAGAGUGAAGACAUGGUGGUUGUAGACAAGCCCUCUUCCAUUCCUGUCCACCCCUGUGGCCGCUUCCGGCACAACACGGUCAUCUUCAUCCUGGGCAAGGAGCACCAGCUUAAGGAGCUACACCCACUGCAUCGGCUCGACCGCCUCACCUCGGGGGUCCUCAUGUUUGCCAAGACAGCAGCUGUUUCAGAGAGGAUACAUGAGCAAGUUCGGGACCGGCAGCUGGAAAAGGAAUAUGUCUGCCGAGUGGAGGGGGAGUUCCCCUCCGAGGAAGUGACCUGCAAGGAACCCAUCUUGGUAGUAUCUUACAAGGUAGGGGUGUGCCGUGUAGAUACUCGGGGCAAACCCUGUGAGACAGUGUUCCAGAGACUGAGCUACAACGGCCACUCCAGUGUGGUGCGGUGUCGGCCGCUCACAGGUCGCACUCACCAGAUCCGAGUCCACCUCCAGUUCCUGGGCCACCCCAUCCUUAAUGACCCCAUCUACAACUCAGGGGCCUGGGGCCCCUCCCGGGGCCGAGGUGGCCACAUUCCCAAGACAGAUGAGGAGCUGCUACGGGACCUGGUUGCAGAACACCAAGCCAAACAGAGCCUGGAUGUGCUAGAUCUCUGUGAAGGUGAUCUGUCCCCAGGACUCUCAGACUCUACCGCUCCCUCCUCAGAGCUCGGCAAGGACCACCUAGAAGACUUGGCUGCAUCUGCUCAAAAGAUGGAUGGAGUACUUGAGGCAGCCCCUCAGGAUCUGGACACAAAGGCCCUGGCACCAGGGAAUGCAGCAGAAACAGAUGUUGUGAAUCAAGAAAUAGACCCCCUCUGUGCAGAGUGCCGACUGGUGCGACAGGACCCCUUGCCCCAGGACCUUGUGAUGUUUCUGCACGCCCUGCGCUAUAAAGGGCCAGGUUUUGAGUACUCUUCACCCAUGCCUACCUGGGCACAGGAUGACUGGCAAGAGGACUGAGAGCUGUGGCCUAUGGCAGGGUCACUUCUUGGGUUGGAAGAAGCCAUGGAGUAAGAACUGACCUCAUUCAGCUGGUACUUAAUGUUUCUAUAAGGAGUAAAGUUGGGCACUUAAAGGAACUGCUUAUACUUGCUACCUCCAGCUAGUUUGGGAACUUUUUGGUUUGUAAAUGUGUACCUUUUGCUUAUACCUUA